UCCGUCCAGCACCGUCCAUUCGCUGCCCCACUUGGCCACCCCACAACCCCACCCCAAUCUCCCUCACCUCCUCUUCUCCCUUCACUCCGACCGAUCGAAGCCCUGCAAUCCCUAAUCUCCAGUGAUACCCUCCUCCCCUUCUCUUCUAUGGCCUCUGAUCUCCUCUGAUCCAAGAGAUUUCCCUCGCCAAUGCCACAACUCCUUCAUUCGCGGAUCACGAGAUCCAUAGCCAAGCCAACUAGGGCUCUGAUGUCUUCCCUCCGUCUGGGGGUGAUGGAUUCGUGUCCUUAGCUCCCGGGAGAAGUUCGAGUAGUAAUAACCGAAGAAUGUUGUGUGGCAGUGGACAUUGAGGAUGGAAGAUGAAUUAGUGAAAUCCCAUAUUGAGUCAGAAGAUGGUAAAACAGAAGUUAUCAUGGAUAUCGAGCCUUCUGUGCAUGAAGACAAUAAAAUGUUGCAAAGUCCUGUCAAGGGAGAAGUAGUUGCAUCUGGGGGUGUUAUGGAUUUGCAACCAUAUGAGGGCAUGGAGUUUGAAUCUGAAGAAGCAGCAAGGGCAUUCUAUGCUGCAUAUGCUAGGCAUGUAGGAUUUCGCAUCCGUAUCAGUAGAUAUACUCGGUCAAGGCGUGACAACUCUAUUAUUUCUCGGAGAAUUGUAUGUUCCAAAGAGGGCUUUCGUGAGGCUCGUGCUAAUGAAGGUCUCUUUGAUGAACGAAGACAGCGGCAGCGAGCAGUCACAAGGGUUGGUUGUAAGGCAAUGAUUAUGGUUAAAAAAAUAGGACCUGAGAAAUGGAUUGUUACCAAAUUUGUAAAGGAGCAUAACCAUGGGCCGGUGCCUCCACGAAAAGUGGAGGUCAGGACAGUCCGCAGGGAUGAUGAUUUGCUUGUACAAUCAUACAUCAGUGAUGGAGGUGCUGUUCAGGAACCAUGUGAGGGGAUGGAGUUUGACUCUGAAGAAGCUGCAAAGGCUUUCUACAUAACCUAUGCCAGACACAUGGGUUUUCGUGCACGUAUUAGCAAGUAUUGCCGUUCGAGACGUGAUAAUUCAAUUAUUUCUCGUCAGAUUGUUUGUUCCAAGGAAGGCUUUCGUGAAGUUCGGGUAAAGAAUGAGAUUACUGAUGAAGGGAAAACCAAGCGCCCUAGAGUGAUAACAAGGAUAGGAUGUAAAGCUAUGAUUAUUGUAAAGAAGGCAAACUCUGGCAAAUGGAUUGUCACAAAGUUUGAGAAGGAGCAUAAUCAUGCUCUCACAUCUUUAAAGAUGCCUCAUCUCGAAUCACAUAGCAAUGCUGGAAAAGUCAUAAAUUUGCAAGGAGCAAUUGCAAAGCCUAAUGGGAUGGUAACUGAUGAAUCCUGUGCUGGAAUACAAGGCACAAGUCGAGAAUCACUAACUGUCCUGUACAACCAGUUAUGCUACGAAGCCAUAAAGUAUGCACAAGAAGGGGCUGCAACUGAGGACAGCUACAAUGUGGCAAUGUCUGCUCUGAAAGAGGCCGUGGAGAAGGUUGCUGCAGCCAAAAGAGGUGCUGUUACUGUUGCACAGCAAGCACUACCUAUUGGUGGAGCUAAACAAGCAUUUCUUGUUGCCCAUCCAGCACAAACAAAAGCCUUGCAAGACUUGCAAUGCUUGAAUGAAGUCAAGCAGGUCCCAUUGAUCCUCAACAUAGCAAAUGGACAGUUAUUGCAUGGUUCAUCAGAUGGUUUUCAUACAGCGCAUGCUACUCAAGUGUUAAAUGUUGCCAAUGCUGUCAGUGUACUAAAACAAUCAUUGCCUUCCACACCAUCUACGGAUGGGUUGAUUGGAAAUGGAUCAGAAGAACGUUCUGGUUUGCCUGCAGAAAGGAUGAUGGCAGUGCAAAUAGUCGAUAGAGAUGUGGAGCUUGAUGCCAGUGUCCAGAAAUCUCAGAACCAGGAUUCUUCUAGUGCAGCCAAAGCUGGCUCAACUCCAGGACGUGGCAACCACUUAACUAGUCCGGGUUCCUCUGAGACACAGAUGGUGGCUAUUCCUGCAGUGCCAGUGACAGUCUAUAUGCCUGUGAUGGGAACAUCUUGUUCAGUCGCAAACCCCGGAACUCCAGGUGGCUCAUACACCCUUGUGGCAGCUCCGAUCAAGGCAUUGCCACUUUCUGCUCGUCCUGCAGGACCGAGCCCUCAAUUGCAGGAUGCACCCUUGCAGCCAGCAGCAGCAGCAGCAUCUCAGAGUGGUGUACUGGUCCUAACUCCAUCUCCUGGGAAUCUAUUAGAACACUGCGAGUCCUAUUCAGGCCCGAAUCCUCAAGUGCAUGCAACUGCCAUUGCUUGUGGUGCCCGUGUAGUGCCCCCUAAGGCGGCUGCUUCACUGAUUAAGGCUAUUGAGGCCAGGAUCAGAUCGGGAAGAGCUUCAGUCGCCAAGUCAACACUUACAGGUGGCUGCAAAUCAUUGUCUGUCCAGAGCCCUAUGCCUUGUGCCAUUGAGGAGGGCAAGAGAGAACAUGCAACUGUGAAUACCAUACACAAAAGUCCGACAGAGAGUUUGGAGGAGAUGAAAGUGCGAACAAUUGAUAUGGUGCCAAAGGAGUUGGUGGUUGAUCCUGACUGUUCUGUAGCUGGAAAUGCUGGGCAGAACGGAUCCCUUUUCGAGAAGCAGAUCGAAUUGCUGGAUACAGUGGGGGCUGCUGAGGAUCUGUCUAUGUUUGAGAAGAGGGCUUGGACAGAAAUCCAAUGCGAUUGAAAUGCAUGUUAGCUCUACUAACCUUGAUCUGUCACAUACGACCCCAAUGUACUUAUUGUGUGAAUGAUUUGCUGACAUGGGUAGGGUUUGUUGUAAAAAGUAAACUUUGUCAAAGAUGGUAGCUAUGUUACUGUAGAAAUAAUCAACUAAAAUUUGAUGCGAGAUGCCCAAAUAUCACUGUUGAUCUUCAGCAUGGUGGAGAUCGCUAGGCUUCUUGCUAUCAUGGUCUCGGCCUAUAAGCCUUCUG